AUGGCGGCACGCAAACUCCAACAAGAAGUCGACAAGUGCUUCAAGAAGGUGGCGGAAGGCGUCGCCGAAUUCGAGGCCAUCUACGAAAAGAUUGAGCAAUCCAACAACAUCUCCCAAAAAGAGAAGCUGGAGGACAACCUCAAGCGCGAAAUCAAGAAGCUCCAGAGACUCCGCGAUCAGAUCAAGACAUGGGCAGCAAGCAACGACAUCAAGGACAAGUCUCCUUUGCUGGAGCACCGAAGGUUGAUCGAGACGCAAAUGGAAAAGUUCAAGGCCGUAGAGAAGGCUAUGAAGACCAAGGCAUACUCCAAGGAAGGGUUGGCCUCUUCAGCCAAGCUCGAUCCCCAAGAACAAGCAAAAGCCGAGGCUAGCGAUUUCCUAAAUAGCAUGGUCGACGAGCUCGAGCAACAAAUCGAAACACUAGAAGCCGAGGCCGAAUCGAUACAAGCGACGAUGAAGAAGGGCAAGAGCCAAACUGCCAAGGCGGAACGAAUGGCCGAGAUCGAGCGCAUCAUCGAACGUCACAAGUGGCAUCAGGGCAAAUUAGAGCUUAUUCGAAGGUCUCUAGAGAACGGCGGAGUCGACACGGAUCAGGUUACCGAACUCGAAGAGACGAUCCGAUAUUACGUCUCUGAUGGCAUGAACGAUGACUUUGUCGAAGACGAGGAGAUGUACGAAGAGCUUGCUCUGGACGAGGACGAGGGCGCGUUCGGCCUAGCUCAAGAUGGCGACAAGGGCUCAUCGCAAGACGCUCAGUCAAUAGCGGAGGAACCGACACCCGAGCCAGAAAUCAUCAAGGCUCCUCCGAAGCCCAAGGCGGUAGCAGAGGCAUCUGCUUCAGGACGCAGGUCGAGCUCACAGAACAAGUCCCCACUGCCUGCGUUAGCUACCUUGCAUAUGCCAACAAUCAUUGGCAAUGGCGCAGCAACUGGUCCUACGAUGAAGCCAGCGGUAGCCCCCGCAAGACCUGCCGAAGGCCUCAAAUACGCGUCUGCGGCGGCGGCAGCGGCAGCAUCAGACAAGAUCGGCAUCUCUCCCUUGCCCCCUCCACCAGGCGCAGCACCCGUCACUGCCAGUACACCGGGGUCGCAGUCAAAAACCAGCGCAACAAGCUCACCCGCAACGACAUCAGCGCAUCCUGUUGCAGCAAAGGAGCCCGAACCCAAGCAGCCACCACCACCAUCAACAACUCCAAGCGAACCACCAAUCGCAAACGCGAGCGCCAGCGCCAACGCAAGCACCAGCACCAGCACAAGCACCAGCACAAGCGCAAAAGCCGUCUCGGCCACUACCAAGGCAGAGAAGCGUGCGAAAAAGGAGCAGGCUGCGGCAAGUGCUUCCGGAGCAGCCAAAGCAUCUCAAACAAAUGGUGCCACGAAUGGGGCCAAGCCUACAGCAGAGGAAGAGGAAGAGUCUAUAUAUCACCUCCCGUCAUCUUUGCAAGACCUCGUCGAAUCUUUCGAAGCUUCCCGCAAGCGCCCGGCGCCUCUCAACUCGCCAUCCACGCAACGCAUGCUCCAGACGAGUCAGGCUACAUGCCCCGACAUUAUGGACGCAGAUGUACCCAGAACGUACCGCCCCGACUUGCGAUUGACAUCGACCGGCGUCGGCUUUCCUCAAGAGCCGCUCCCUUUGUUUGAUGACCCGCGGUUAUACUCACGGAUUGAUCCUGACACGCUGUUCUACGUCUUCUACUACAAGCAAGGCACGCCCCAGCAAUACCUUGCUGCCAAGGCCUUAAAGGACCAGAGCUGGCGGUUCCACAAGCAAUAUCAGACCUGGUUCCAGCGCCACGAAGAGCCAAAGAACAUCACCGAAGAAUUCGAGCAGGGCACAUACCGCUUCUUCGACUACGAAAGCACAUGGAUGAACCGAAGAAAGGCGGAUUUCAAGUUCGCGUACAAAUUCCUCGAGGACGAUGUAUGA